UCCAAUUGACUCAAAUUAUGUCAAUUAGCCUAUCAGAAGCUUCUAAAGCCAUGACAUAAUUUUCUGGAAUUUUCCAAGCUGUUGAAUGGCACAGUCAAUUUGUAUGUAAACUUCUGACCCACUGGAAUUGUGAUACAGUGAAAUAAUCUGUCUGUAAAAAAUAGUUGGAAAAAUUGUGUCAUGCACAAAGUAGAUGUCCUAACCGACUUGCCAAAACUAUAAUUUGUUAACAAGACAUUUGUUGAGUGGUUGAAAAACUAGAUUUAAUAACUCCAAUUUAUGUAAACUUCCGACUUCAACUGUAAGUCAAUUGGACGAAGCCGUCUUCUGUACGAGGAAGUUUUGUUAUGAGCCGCGACGCUCGGUCUGAACAUUAAACACGGAUCGCUUGCGGUACGGUUUUGGAAGCAUACCGACCUUCGCUUUCAUAUCAGCAAGGAAAAAAUAAAUACAUUAAUAAAGGUUCAAUUGAUGCACACCUUUUAUAUGGUUAGGGUUCCCGCAUGGUCAUAUUUCCAUGUUGCAGAAGACAGUGGACUACCUGUGCUAAUUAGCUAUCUGAGUCUCCGAACACCUGUGUGUAAAUGGAAGAUGGACGCCACAAACGUGUUGUCACUUAAAAAUACUGUCAUCUGCAACUGUUAAAACCGGUUAAGACAGUAAAUGUGUAUUUUGUAUUUGUGAAAUUAUUUUUGAUGCGAUAUGAAAGUAGAGGGAUUUAGGUUUCUAGAACCGUACCGCAAUUGAAAAUCGAUUCACAUUUAGAUGGAGUAUUUGGCUGUUUAGGCUUCCAGAGCCAAUUCACCCUUUAAAUAGAACAUUUAAAUCCUUGGACUAAGAAGUAUUAUGCACCGUUAGUCCAAUAUUGGGCCGGUGGAAGAGGCUCAAUAAUUAUUCUCAAAUUACGUUGGUUCAUUAGUCAUUUGUGAUGUCUGUCAUUAAAAAUAUUUUUUCAUCCGGACUCGGUCAGAUACAGAAACACGAGUCAUAGACACACAUUGCAGCGGAACUUCUUGAAUCAAAGCUCUAACUGUUCCCCCUACGGAAGCGUUUUGAUAUUGCACCGCAACGUUCACGUGUAAACAACUUGUAUGAUUUUGUUCUACAUACUUAAUGUAGACAUAUUUAUUUUCUUACGUGUCGCUUCAGUAGUUAAUACUAAGAAACCGUAAUUCAGCAACUAGCUUAAUCUUCAAAUACAUCCACCUUAUUUGGAGUGAAUAUGGCUUCACUACCACAACAGGGCGAUGAUAGCGACGAUGGCAUGGACGACUUUAUGGAGAAAUUCAAGAAAGAGAAAUAUAGCAACGCCUUUUCCGAGAAGAACUGGGAAGAGGAGUUCGAUAAGGUGCCUAUGUUCAUGAAGACAGCGCCUGAUGAGAUUGACCCCAUGAAACACCCGGAGCUGGCUGCUAUUCAGUCCAUCAUCCACGACGAUGACAGACCACUAGAGGAGCAAGCAGAGAGCCUGAAAGAUGAGGGGAACGACUACUUCAAAGAGAAGAACUACAAGAAAGCUAUAGUGUCCUACACAGCUGGACUGAAGAAGAACUGCAGUGACUCUAAUGUCAAUGCCAUCCUGCUCACUAACCGAGCGGCAGCACACUUCCACCUGGGUAACAUGCGCUCUGCACUGAAUGAUUCUGUCGCUGCAAAGAAGUUUAAACCAGACCACCUCAAAGCAUUAAUUAGAGGUGCCUCGUGUUGUAUGGAGCUGAAAAAAUAUACAGAUGCUCUGCUGUGGUGUGAGGAGGGGCUCAAGCUGCAGCCCACAGACAAGAAGCUACUGGAGCUGAGAGCUACAGCAGAUAAACACAAGAGAGCAGCAGAGAGAGAUGCCAGGAAGGCGAAGGUUAAAGAAAAGAAGGAGCUCAGUGAGAGAGACGCUCUGCUGGCUGCUAUAAAGGGGCGUGGCAUCAAGUUACUGAAGCCUAAGCAGCGUCCUACGCGCAGCUCUGACAGUGACGAUGAUAAUCGAGGCCCCUCUAGAGCCAUAGCAGGCCUGGACCUAGACGGGCUGUGUUCUGUGGAGGCCACAGGGGCCACGGUGUUCCUGGAUGAACAGGGUGUCAUGCAUUGGCCAGUCCUAUUCCUCUACCCCGAACACCAACAAACAGACUUCAUCUCAGCCUUCAGCGAAUCCUCCAGCUUUCUUGAUCACCUGACUCUCAUGUUUGGAGAGGAACUCCCACCUUGGGACACUAACCAGAAGUACUCUCCCCAAAACCUUCAGCUGUUCUUUGAAGACCAUGAGAAAGAGUCCUUAUAUCAAGUCAAUCCAGAGACGCCUCUCAUUAAAAUCCUUCAGCAUAAAAGGUGUUUUGUAAAAGCAGGAACUCCCAGCUUUGUCAUUCUGGUAAAUGGUUCGCCGUUUUGCGAGAAGUUCUUAUCAGAAAGGAAAACCAUUCGACUGCAAUGACACCUCAUUAAUCAGCCUAGACCUGUCAAUCUCAGACUACUGGUAUGAACUCUUUCCCACCAAUCGGAAAGGACUGCACUCCUCUCCACUUCCUGCCCAAAGUACAUGUAAAAGUGUAGAUUUUGCUAUUUAAGAGAAGAGAUUAAUGUUAUGUUUGGGAGCCUUUACAUUGUUCCAGAUAUCUCCAACAUACUAUGUGAUUGGCAAGAUUGCAGUGUUCAUUACUGUAUGUAUAGAUCAAAUUCUAUAUCAGUGUCAAUCCGGGAACCUGUCAUAAAAUCUGUUAUAAUUAAGUCACCAUGUCACAUACUAAAAGGCCUUAAAACAAA